AAGCAAAGAGAAGGCCUUGCCUUGCUGCAUCUCCUACUGCUGCUGCCACUACUAGUGCCACUCUCGCCUCCUUCCACCCUCCAACAGUCCACUAAAUCAUUCAUCUUUUGAAGUUUUUUUUUACUUCUGCUCUCCUCCUUUGCUCCACUCUCAAUGCAAAAGAGCACACUUGACUCUUGCCUCCUCAGCACCCAAUCUCUCUUGCUCUAAGUCCCUCUCCUAUCUGAAGUUCUCAAAGCCUCUCUUUCUCUCUCACUUUCUUGAAGACAAUGCAGGCUCUGGUGAGCUGCAACAGGCCAUUGGCCAUGGUGGUGGUGUCUUCACUCCAGCUGCUACUCAUUGCUGCAUUGUUCCAUCUGGGCUCUUGCAAUGGAGGAGACAGGAUCACAAGGCUACCAGGCCAGCCUGAGGUGAGCUUUGGGCAGUAUGCUGGCUACAUUGGGGUGGAUGACAAGGGCAAGAGGGCUCUCUUCUACUACUUUGUGGAGGCUGAGCUUGAUCCUGCCACAAAGCCCCUUGUUCUCUGGCUCAAUGGAGGUCCUGGCUGUUCUUCACUUGGCGUUGGAGCUUUCUCAGAGAAUGGCCCUUUCAGGCCUAGUGGGCAGGUCUUGGUGAAGAAUGAGUACAGUUGGAACAAAGAGGCCAAUGUGAUAUACCUGGAGACACCAGCUGGUGUUGGGUACUCCUAUUCUUCUGAUGCUGCAUACUACCAGGGUGUGGAUGAUAAGAUGACAGCAAUGGACAAUAUGGUGUUCUUGCAAAGGUGGCUUGAAAAGUUCCCACAGUACAAAGGCAGAGAACUGUACAUUUCUGGAGAAAGUUAUGCAGGGCAUUACAUUCCACAACUUGCUGAAGUCAUGGUGGAAUUUAACAAGAAGAACAAGAUCUUCAACCUCAAAGGGAUUGCUCUUGGUAAUCCUGUUCUUGAGUUCACCACUGACUUCAACUCUAGGGCAGAGUACUUCUGGUCCCAUGGGCUGAUUUCAGACUCAACAUACAGAAUUUUCACCUCGGUUUGCAACUACUCCCGCUAUGUCACCGAGUACUACGGUGGAUCGCUUACCCCGCUUUGCACAAGGGUGAUGAACCAAGUGACAAGGGAGACUAGCCGAUUCGUCGACAAAUACGACGUCACACUGGAUGUCUGCUUGUCAUCAGUCCUCUCACAGUCCAAGAUCCUCACUCCUCAUCAACAAGCGGGACAGCGGAUCGACGUUUGCGUCGAGGACGAGACGGUGAACUACCUGAACAGGAAGGAUGUGCAGGAAGCACUCCAUGCUAAGCUCAUUGGUGUAAAGAAUUGGGCGGUUUGCAGCAGUGUUCUCGAGUAUGAGCUACUCAACCUGCAGAUUCCAACCAUUAACAUAGUGGGAUCACUUGUAAAGUCUGGCAUCCGUGUGCUAGUUUACAGUGGUGAUCAAGACUCGGUCAUCCCGCUAACGGGGAGCAGGACGCUUGUGCAGAACUUGGCGCGCAAUUUAGGCCUCAAGACGACGGUCCCAUACCGAGUUUGGUUCGAGGGGCAACAGGUUGGUGGAUGGACUCAGGUUUAUGGAGACAUGCUGUCCUUUGCCACCAUCAGAGGGGCUUCGCACGAGGCGCCGUUCUCGCAGCCCGAACGGUCUCUGGUGCUCUUCAGGGCCUUCCUCCAGGGAAGGCCUCUGCCAGAAACGUUCUCAUGAUACUGGAGAAGAAGCUGUUUGGCAAUGCAAUGCUUCUGCUGCUGCUGCUGCUGCUGGGAGAAUUGAUUAGAGUCCCUUCUGUUCCUGCUUCUGCAAGUGGUCUAUUGCUUUAGUUCUGUAAGAAAGUGUUUGCUGCAUUCGCCUCCUGCUGCUAGCUUAAGCUGUUUCAAUGCCGCGAUAAGGGCAUCAUUUGUUCGAUCUCAAGGUUUUGUUCCCCUCUUUUUUUCUUCUGUAUUAGUUCCAGGCUUGGCAAUUGUCUAAAGUAAGUUGAAAG